AAAAAAAAAAAAUACCACAAAGCUCAUUGAAUCAAGUGACAAAACCUAUCCAAGCACGAUGGAGAAGGCUAACUUCAAGUUGGUGUUUUGUGUUAUGAUUUUGGUUCUCGCUAUUUCUGGUGGAGAGAAGAACAACAUUGGAGUGGAAGGUGGAAGAACAUCAUUGGAGUGGCACGAGGAAUUGCAUUGCGUGAGCAGACCUUGCAAAAGUGAUGCCGAUUGCAAUCCGUCGAGUCAUUACGUUUGUAAUAAGGCAUUAGGCGUAUGUGUCUGCUCAUAAAAAAAAGCGUUGUACGCAGACGUCUUCGCUAAAAGUAUGCCUCCAGCACCAAAUAAUUAAUGUGCGAUUUUCUUUUGCAAGGAAAUCAAUCAAAUGCAAAUUUUAUU